UUUUUAUUUAAUUUUCUUUUUCCUGCAAAUGAAUUAUUAUUCUCAGUUAGAUUUUCUUAUUAUUCUCAAAAACAUUUGAACAAUUAACUGUCCAGCACAGUCAGAACAGAUAAGUGGGAAUAAUGCGUCAUCUCAUGGAGAUAUUAAUCUCGCAAGUCUAACAUAACUUUAACAAAAUAAAGAGUUAUAAAAUGUUCUCAGAUUAACGCUUGUCAUACGACAAAACAGUAUAAUAUAAAACAGGAAUUAGUAAAAAAAAUAAUUAAAAUAAAUAAUUCAAUGGAUUCAUUAUAUUUAUUAAAAAGAAAAUUUAUCCAAUCGAAUAAAAUAUAUCUUUGGUGGAUUAUACUACUUAUACUGUGUAAAGUUACUACUUUAAUCUAUAUUGAAAGUAGUGCAUUUCAAACGCAUUCAGUUUAUUGGGAUCCAGAUAAUAUCAUAUUUCAAACAAAACCUGUACCACUAUUGCGAGUUAAACCAAAGGAUGAAAUAAUCUUUGUUUGUGCACAAGAAUCACUUUAUAUUUUAUGGACAUAUGAAUAUCAAGUAUUUGAAUCGUGUUCAAUGUGGUUAAACGACAACUUAAUGGUAAAUCUUCUACUCAGAUGUCCAGAUAAAUCAAGUCGAAGGAUAAAAAUGCGAGAUGUUUCAAAUAUACGACAAAAGAAACUAUCUAAUCUAAUAACAGAUCAAAAGACAAUAAUGAAAUCGUCUUCACAGAAUUCAUCCAUUAAAAACUAUUCUGGUUAUCAUUCACCUAUCAGUAAACAUAAUCUUACACAUAUGAUGGAAUAUUUGACUAAUAGAUCAAGUAAAAUAAUCAAUAAACGAUCAUUGUUAUCACUACAACCAGUAAUACCAAACUCUCAGUUAACUGAUCGUAAAAAGUAUCCUUCACAGUUUACUUUGUUAGUAGAAGAAUUCGCUUGGGCCAAUGGGAAUCCAAGUUUUCCUGUUAAUCGUCCAGUUUAUUUCCUUGCUCAACCUAGUGUAUGUCAUUCAAGGAAUAUGAGACUUGGAAUAGUGAAUGGUGAAUUCACGGGAUUGUUAUCUGAUCCGUAUGCCAAUCGCCUGUUUCAAGAAACCUUGUUAUCGAAUCAUUCUGGUCUUAUCGCCUACUCAAGACGAAAUUUAUCCUUUCCAACUAGCAUCAAUUCAAAAUGUGAUCGUAAUCAUAAUAAGAAGAUUAUACAAAAGAAUAUUCCAAUAAAUGAACAACAACACGAUCAACAACGAUCAUGCACAACAGAUUCUGUCUCUCCUGUCACUUCAUCAGCUUCCUCGAUUUUCCCUGCCUUCUCAACCAAUUUGAUUGUAAAUCAUCUGUCGAAAUAUUUGCCACUGAAUCUUUCCAUCAUUCCUAUUACCACCACUAUUAUUAUUAUUAUUAUUGGUACUACCGCUACUAUCACUUCAUGAUUUAUAAUUUUCUUCAAAAUUAGAUAAGAUUUUUUUCUAUUUAUUCCUUUACUUACUUAACCUUACUUCACAAGAACUGACCAUGUGACCGGUUUCAUUCUCCCUUCAUUAAUCAGUCAGCAAGCAACUCAGUACGCUUGUUACACUUCACUUAUACAGCAGCAUAAAGCUGAACACAAAUGUGAAAAGUCAAGUUCGAGUUCUUAUAUAAACACUGUAAUUAGACGUGUGUUGUAUAUUUCAUUAUUUCAUUAUAAUUAACAUACUUUUAAAAUGAUAAGUUUGUUUUCAUAA